GCUCUGCACUGCACAGAGCCGCAGGGCAGCCGGGUACCCAGAGCCAGCCAGCCAGCACAGGGACUUCAGCCCACUGCCUUGCCAUGGGGCUCGCUCUCCUGGCCCUGCUAGCCAUGGGGCUCCUGGCCCUGAGCUGCUGGGCUGCACCACUCCACUCCAGGCCCCAGGCUGUGAUCACCUUCCCGGGGGAGCUGGUCAGUAAUCUGACGGAUCUGCAGCUUGCAGAAAGCUACCUGCUGCGCUUCGGCUACACGGAGUCCGAGGGGCAGACCCGCAGCAGGCAGGUGUCCAUGGGCAAGGCGCUCAGGAGGAUGCAGAUGCAGCUGGGCCUGGAGGAGACGGGGGAGCUGGAUGCCAGCACAUUGGCUGCCAUGCGGGCACCUCGCUGCGGCGUCCCCGAUGUGGGCAGAUUCCUCACCUUCGAAGGAGACCUCAAGUGGGAUCACAGUGACCUCACUUACCGGGUACUAAACUACUCCCCAGACCUGGACGCCUCUGUGAUAGAGGAUGCCUUUGCACGAGCCUUCAAGGUGUGGAGUGACGUGACCCCGCUUACCUUCACCCGGCUGCAGAGCGGCGAGGCCGACAUCAUGAUCCAGUUUGGCACCCAGGAGCACGGUGACGGGUAUCCAUUUGACGGGAAGGACGGGCUUCUGGCCCACGCUUUCCCCCCUGGCAAAGGGGUACAGGGAGAUGCCCACUUUGACGACGACGAGUUCUGGACGCUGGGAACAGGGAUAGUGGUGAAAACCAGCUACGGGAACGCCAACGGGGCUGCCUGCCACUUCCCCUUCACCUUUGAGGGACAGUCCUACUCCACCUGCAUCUCGGAGGGACGCUCCGACGGGCUGCUCUGGUGCGCCACCACACCCAACUACGACACGGACAAGGUGUACGGCUUCUGCCCGAGCGAGCUUCUCUAUACCUACGACGGCAACAGCGACGGUGCCAAGUGUGUCUUCCCCUUCAUCUUCGAGGGGAAGUCCUACGAUGCCUGCACCACAGACGGGCGCUCUGACGGCUACCGCUGGUGCGCCACCACCGCCAGCUUCGACCAGGACAAGAAAUACGGGUUCUGCCCCAACAGAGACACAGCUGUGAUUGGCGGGAACUCCCAGGGCGACCCGUGUGUGUUCCCGUUCACCUUCCUGGGCCAGACCUACAGCGCAUGCACCAGCGAGGGGCGGCAGGAUGGGAAGCUCUGGUGUGCCACCACCAGUAACUACGACACCGACCACAAGUGGGGUUUCUGUCCCGACCAAGGUUACAGCCUCUUCCUGGUUGCUGCCCAUGAGUUCGGCCAUUCUCUGGGCCUGGACCACUCGAGUGUCCGCGACGCCUUGAUGUACCCCAUGUACAGCUACAUCAAGGACUUCCACCUACACCCAGACGAUGUCAGCGGCAUCCAAUUCCUCUAUGGCCAGGGCUCUGGUCCUGCACCAACAGCCCAGGUGCCAGACAUCCCUGACCAGACAAGCACACAAGCCGAGGACACCACAACCACAGCAGAGCCUGACUUAGCCACGGGGGAAGACUAUCCCGUGCCAACUGAGCCCAGCCCUGUGGACCCCAGCAGCGAUGCCUGCAAAGUGAAUUCCUUCGACGCCAUCACCGAGAUCAACGGGGAGCUGCAUUUCUUCAAGAGUGGGAAUUACUGGAAAAGCUCCGUGUCCCGGAAGGGGACAAUUCAGGGCCCAUUCCGGAUCUCGGCCACGUGGCCAGCCCUCCCGGCCCUCAUCAACGCCGCCUUCCAGGAUGUGCUCACCAAGAAGCUCUUCUUCUUCUCGGGUCGGCGUUUCUGGGUGUACACGGGCAGCAGCGUUGUGGGCCCCCGCGGGAUUGAGAAGCUGGGCAUUGGCAAGGAGGCAGAGCGGAUCUCGGGGGCCCUGCAGAGGGGGCGCGGCAAAGUGCUGCUCUUCAGUGGGGAGAAGUACUGGAGGCUGGACAUGAAAGUCCAGAAGGUGGACAAGGGCUACCCACGUCUCACGGAUGACACCUUUGCUGGCGUGCCCCUCAGUGCCCACGAUGUCUUCCUCUACCAAGGAAAGUACCAUUUCUGCCAGGACCGUUUCUACUGGCGAAUGACUCCGCGCUACCAGGUGGAGCGGGUGGGCUACGUGAAAUAUGACAUCCUGAACUGCCCAGAGCAGUAGGGCCCAGGCGGCUUCACCUGCACCAGACCCGGCCGGCGCCUCUCCCCGCCAGCCGCUCGUUCAUCCCCGCACCAGAGCCGGCCGGCGCCUCUCCCCGCCAGCCGCUCGUUCAUCCCCACACCAGAGCCGGCCGGCGCCUCUCCCCGCCAGCCGCUCGUUCAUCCCCGCACCAGAGCCGGCCGGCGCCUCUCCCCGCCAGCCGCUCGUUCAUCCCCGCACCAGAGACGG